AUGUUAGACAAGGAUGUUCUUUUGGAAAUGAAAGUAACUGAUGAAUUUAUUAAAAACAUUACUGUUAACAUUGACGGAAGAGAAAUUGGAUAUUCGGAAGUUUGCGGUCGGGUUAAUCAGAGAUGCUUUGAAAACCCUCUUAUUGAAGCACUGUCGGAAAUAGACGAUAUAGUAACUAAGAAUAAAAAGCUAAAAUAUCCGAUGGAUAUAGACCCGUUAACUUACUCCUAUAAAAUAUAUUCUUUGAAUUUGGGCGGUGUAACUGUAGAUCAAAAUGAUUUCGUUGAGAAUGUACAAAGUAUGAGGCUGAUAUAUUUUACUGACGAAAGUGACGAGAAAAAAGAAAAGUGGAUUGAAAAAUGGACAAUGGAAGUAUACAAAAAUAUAGAAAAACAAAAUCGUACUUUAUUCUUACUUCAAAACAUAAAACCGAUGAUAGGAGCAUUAUUCGCAUUUAUUUCCAUAUUUGCUAUUAUAACUUGUAUGAGUAAUAGUUGGAAAAGAAGCAAACCUCUUCUAGGUGUUGCUAGUGUCGUGUCUGCAGGCUUGGCUGUUGUUUCUUCUUUCGGAUUGAUGUCGGCUUUCGGUAUUCAAAGCACUAUUUGGAAUAUCACCAUUCCGUUUUUAGUUCUUGUAACCGAAAUAGACGACGCUUUUGUAUUGAUUGCUUGUUGGAGAAUCACUAAUCCGAAACACAAAGUGUCUACUCGCAUGGCAGAAACGUAUUGUGAAGCAGGCGUUUCCAUUACUUUAACAUCGCUGACUAAUCUCUGUUCGUAUUGCGUCGGAAUGAUGGCAUCGUUUCCUCUAAUAAGAAUGUUCUGUUAUUAUUCGGCUUCCUGCAUAUUUUUUACUUUUCUUUAUCAAAUUACGUUUUUCGGAGGAUGCAUGGCUUUAUGUGGCUGCAGUGAAGAAAAAGAGCAUCAUGUUUUACCAGUUCGUAAUUUAGAUAACUUCGAAGAUGCUUCUCAACAGCGUGAAAACUUAAGAACAGAUCCGAUGCUGAGAUUUUUCAGAGAUAAGUUAGGAAAUAUACUUUCUCAUAACUUGGUCAAGAUAAUCGUCAUUGUAACUUAUUUAAUAAAUUUAGCAUUUGGAAUAUGGGGAGCGUUAACUAUAAGACACGGUUUAAAUUUUAAAAAUAUGUUUUCAGACGCAUCUCCAAUAACAGAAAGCCACGAAAUUUAUUUUAAAUAUUUUACACAAUAUAUGUAUGCAUAUCAAAUAAUAAUUAAUAAAACUUUAGAUUAUUCAGAUAUAAAAGUACAGAAAUCCUUAGAACAACUUUCAGAAAAGCUUCAAAUACAUCCUUAUAUGGCAGAAUCAAAAUUCGUCGUAUCUUGGUUAAAUUAUUAUAAAGAAUUCCAAAAUCACCCGAUAGCAAAAUAUUCAUUAAGUGGUUACAAUAUGUCUGUGAAAGAAGACUUUCUAGAAGGACUUCGUAAUGUGUUUCUUAGGUUUAAAGCAGCCCAACAAUUUUCUAAUGAUAUCGUGUUCAACCAUAAUGGAUCCGAUAUUAUAUGUAGUAGAUUUUUUAUCCCUGUCAAAGAUGGGGUAAACAUAAAAACCGAACAAUGGUUAUUAUAUAGAUUAUGGAAGAUAGCCGAAGAGUCAGAACUCCCUAUUCUAAUUCACAGUCCUGCAUCUUCUGCUAUCGAACAGGCAAUUGUUAUUGGAAGUAUAGUUAAUGAUUUAUUCUGGAUCACCUCUCUUAUAAUAAUUGUGCUUUUUUUAUUGGCCGUACCCAAUAUUAUUUCGGCUUUCCUUGUAGCUAUUUCAGUGGUUUCUACCAUGGUAGAAACAUUAGGAUAUAUGACUAUGUGGGGCAUAAACUUGGAUAUUAUAUCUCUUAUGAGUCUCGUAUUAUGUGUUGGAUUCUGUGUUAAUUAUCCAGCACAUAUGUCUUAUGCAUAUGUUUCGUCACCACAUAAAAUUCCAAAUGAAAAGAUGAAAGACAGUCUCUAUCGGAUUGGCUACCCUGUAUUUCAAGGAUCUUUGUCUACUGUUUUAGGAAUAUUGUUUAUAUAUGAAGAUAUGUAUAUGCUUCUGUUAUUUGUAAAAAUUGUUUGUCUUAUUGCUAUGGAAACUGCAUUUCACGCAUUAUUAUUUAUUCCCGUUAUGCAUUCCGUAAUCUCUUCUAUUUUUAUAAAGAAAAAUUCCACUGCUUCUGUUACAGAAGAAGUCGAGCUCAUGCAAAAAAGAAUUGAGACGACAAAUAUAAAUAACUGA